AUGCUAUCUAGCAUAAUCUCAGUCCACCGUAUCCGAUUUGCGCUUCGCGGAUGUGAGCACGAGUCGUGGUCCGCGGCUUCAAUCGCUCAACGAUAUUUCAUUGGCCGCACAUGCCUCCUCACAGUCAUCAACCAUUCAUUUCAAACCCUACUGUCGAAAGAGACGUUGGUCGAGAGUGUCAGCGUCGAGACACCGGUGAGUCGAGUUUGUAAGGGUUUCCGAGCCGUUCCGAAAUUCGGCAACGGGAGCGAUGUUCUGGUCCGCUCCGACAUCCUCUCUACGUCGGCAUACAACAACACAACAACGUCCACCGUUAUAUAA